AUGCAGACUACAGCCUGUAAUGGAUCAGAGGACUCCUCAAUCAUCUUCUACCUUAUGGGCAUCCCCUCUCUGCCAAAAUCCCUCUUCCUUCCUGUCUUCUUUGUCUUUCUCCUCCUCUAUCUGCUCAUCCUGGUAGGUAACACCCUGAUCCUGGUGGCUGUGGUGGUAGAGCCCAGCCUCCACAAGCCCAUGUACUUCUUCCUGAUCAACCUCUCUGUCUUGGACAUCCUUUUCACCACAACCACCAUCCCCAAGAUGUUGUCCCUACUCUUACUUGGGGACCGUUUCCUCAGCUUCCCUGCCUGUUUCCUGCAGAUGUACCUCUUCCACAGCUUCUCCUGCUCAGAAGCCUUCACCCUGGUGGUCAUGGCCUAUGAUCGUUAUGUGGCGAUCUGCCGUCCACUGCACUACCCUGUCCACAUGACCCCACAGAACAAUGCUAUACUGGCAGCCAGUGCCUGGCUCACUGCCCUUCUCCUGCCCAUCGCAGCAGUGGUGCAGACAUCCCAAAUGGCUUUUAACAACAUUGCUCACAUCUACCACUGCUUUUGUGACCACUUGGCUGUGGUCCAGGCCUCCUGCUCUGACACCACCAGUGUGGUGUCAUUCACGCCCCUGCUCCUGGUGCUUCUCUCCUAUGCCCACAUCCUGGCCUCAGUGCUUCGCAUCAGAUCCAGAGAAGGACGCUCAAAAGCCUUCUCCACCUGCAGCUCUCACCUGCUGGUGGUUGGCACCUACUACUCAUCCAUUGCGAUUGCCUAUGUGGCCUAUAGGGCUGACCUGCCCCUGGACUUCCACAUCAUGGGCAAUGUGGUGUAUGCUAUUCUCACACCUGUUCUCAACCCUCUCAUUUACACACUGAGGAACAAGGAUGUCAAAGCAGCCAUUACCAAAAUGGCAUGUCUUCGAGGCCCAAAGAAUGAGAAACCUUGA